AUGGAAAAGUCCUUAGACUUAAGUAAUUUUAAUAAAAAUGAUAGGGAAAAAAUAAUGAGAAAAAUUAACAAGGCAGAAUAUGAGGAUACUAUGACCACAUAUAAUUCAAUUGUUGAAAGAUGCUUUAAUGAAUGUAUUACAUCAUUUAGAUCAAAAGAGCUUGAUAGUAAUGAAAAUAACUGUAUUUUAAAUUGCGUUAAAAAGUUUUCUAUAUUUUCACAGAGAAUUGGUAUGAAAUUUACACAAAAUUUGAAUAGUGAAAUGCAAAAGAAAAGUUAG